AUGGGCGAAGGCGACUUCGACAUUCCCCCUCCCACUCCCCAUCCGGACAGGAAUGCAUCUCAAACAGAACUCAAUGGCCCUGCACUGGAGGCUCGCUCGGUUCUGAGGCGACUCUAUGUGUCCCACAGUCUUUCGGCAUGGAAUUCGCGAAUGUUUGAGUUCGGCGCAGUCCUCUUUCUGGCUUCUAUCUUCCCCGGAACUUUGCUUUAUGCCUCAAUCUAUGCCCUUGUUAGAUCGCUCGCUGCCGUUGCGCUUUCGUCGUGGCUAGGUGCAAAAGUUGACAGUUCGGACCGCUUGGUUGCUUUGAGACAUUCGAUUGUCUGGCAAAGGAUCCCUGUCGCGGUGUCUUGUUUGUGCUUCAUAGCACUAUUCACAAUUGCUGAAUCGCGGGAUUUAUCCUCGAUUCUAUUUGUCUUUGUUAGCCUCUUGGCCUGUGUAGAGAAGUUGGCGGCCGCCGCCAAUACAGUGGCCGUCGAACGAGAUUGGGCUAUUGUCAUAUCAGAAAGCAUUGAUGUUCCCCGACAGGACCUGAAUGCUUCAAUGAGACGAAUUGAUCUUUUCUGCAAGUUGGUCGCUCCUGUUUUUAUUUCCCUCGUCGACAGCUUUUCGACCCGAGUGGCUAUAUGGACAGUCCUUGGGCUGAACACGGCUUCCGUAUUGGUCGAAUAUGUGGCCAUUGCUCAGGUAUACCGAGCAGUUCCCAACCUGAAAAGGACCUCUGCAGCUAUUCUGCAAACCGAGACUUUAGAUGAAAUCGCAACACAAGCCCAACAUCACUCGCUACAGAAUAUCAUGAGCCGACUGCGAGACACCUUAGCACCAUGGCAAGAAUUCGCGACAAGCCGGGUAUUCAUGGCCUCGUUUGCCUUGAGCUUGUUGUAUUUGACAGUUUUAUCAUUCGGCGCUACAAUGGUCACAUAUCUGCUCCACAGUGGAUUUAGCCCGCUGGAGGUUAGCUACAUGCGCAUUGGUUCAGUCGCAGCGGAGUUAUCUGGAACGUGGAUCGCGCCCAUUGUUAUGAAUCGCAUUGGCCCAAUCCGAUCUGGACUUUGGUUCCUGAACUGGCAGUUUUGUUGUGUGGCCGGUGCUGCCGUAGCAUAUGUGCCCUGGGAUUCGAAUUCCCGAUUAGUUGCGGGAUGUCUCGUUAUUGGAGUCGCUUUGAGUCGGAUAGGGCUCUGGGGGGUUCGACCUAAUGUCGAAGAGCAUGCCCGAGCGCGGUUCUCGGCCACCGAGAUGGCACUACAGAACAUCUUCGAGAUGUUGUCUUUCGCGUCUACUAUUCUGUUUUCUCGUCCGGAGCAGUUUGAAUAUCCGGUAAUCAUCAGUUCGGGGGCAGUGGCAGUCGCGGCGAUCUGCUUUGCGGCCUAUGUGCGCAAGGAGCGGGGACAUCUGCUGCAUCGAUCCAAGUGUAUUGGGGGGGGACAAAGUGCAUUACCGAGCUGUAGAAUCGGCGGCAUAGUCAAUAUUUGCAUCACAUUGAGAUACUUUUCGUAA